CAGAAUGAGCUGGUGAGCUAGAGACCGUGGCGGCUGCUAGCACUUCUGGAAUCCUAGCCAAGCAUAAAGAGCAGCAAAGUUGCAGGCGACCCUUGACCUGGGGAGGCUCCUCCCACCAUUUAUUUUAAAUAAAGAUGUCUCCAUUCCUGGCUAAUGAAAGUUUAUAUAAAUCUGAUGGGUCCCUCAUGUUACAUCAUACUCCUACAUCUAUCAGCAUGAUGGCUAUCUUCUCUCUCAUCUUCCUCCUGGGCCUUCCUGGAAAUGGUUUGGUAAUCUGGGUAGUCACCCUGAAAAUGAAGCCGUCCGUGAAUACAACUUGGUUUCUGCAUCUUGCAGUGGCUGACUUUGUGUGCUGUCUGUCGCUGCCUUUCAAUAUUGUACAUCUGGCUCUCCAUGACCACUGGCCUUACGGCUGGUUUUUCUGCAAAAUUAUCCCAUCAGCCAUUCUUUUAAACAUGUUUGCCAGUGUCUUUCUCCUCACAACAAUCAGUAUUGACAGGUGUCUGGUAGUGAUGAAGCCCAUCUGGUGUCAAAACCACCGAACAGUACGGUUUGCUUCACUGAUAUGUGGUGGCAUCUGGCUCCUUGCUUUUAUUAUGUGUUGCCCUGCCUUUUUCUACCGUGAGACAUCCAUAGAUGAACUUGGCAACACCAAAUGUAUCUACAGCUGGUAUGGAGAAGAGUAUCAGGAGGACAAAGAACUAGGUGGCCCAUUUUCUUCUGACAAUCUCUUUUUGAUACACCCCACUUUAAUGGCAGGUGGAAUCUAUGAAGACCCUUUAACUGAUGGAAUUCUUGAUACUUACCCUAAGUACCAUAUGCUUAACACAGCUGGGAAGACCAAUGCUCUACCUUCUAGUAUAUCAAACAGUGCUGGCAGCAACAGAGAUGCAUCACUGACAACCACUGACAACCCUACCAAAUUUCCCAAAACCCCAAUGAAUACUGCCAUAUCCAAUACUUCUAAUUCAAAUGUUCCACCUGUCAGUUUUUCUAUGGACCUUUCUGCCAAUAACGAUUCAGUAGAAAUGUACUAUUAUGGCUACUUUCCUGAUAGCCAACCACCAAAGGUCUUUGUGUCCAUCACCGUUACCAGAGCUGUCUUUGGUUUCUUCCUUCCCUUUGGAAUCAUGGCAACCUGCUAUGCCCUUAUCACUCACAGGAUGUUAAAAAGACAAUUUGCCAAGCUCCGCAGAAAAACAAUGCAGGUGAUCUUGCUUAUAGUAGCAACUUUCUUUCUAUGUUGGGCUCCUUACAAUGUGAUUGGGCUCCUAUAUCUCCUGGUUAUUCCAGGCACAGAGUUUUCUGGAGUGCUGGCUUUGUGGGACCACAUUUCCACAGUUUUGGCCUAUGCCAACAGCUGUAUCAACCCGCUUCUUUAUGUGUUUGUGGGGAAAAAGUUCAGGGAAAAGGCACGGCAGACUGUGCAGGAGGUCUUUGAAGCAGCCUUCAGUGAGGAAGGCACAUGGUCUACUGGCUACUCCCAGGACAGAAGUAAGACUACACUUGAAAGAGGUGUGGGUGUUUCUGCCCUCUGAAAUGGUCUUCCAGGCAACAAGGACAUCCUUCACUUCUGUGACUCCUUUAUUUAAUAGAGCAGCAUGGAUGUUACUACUCAUUAUUAAAAUCUGUACUUCUUACAUAUAAUGGCUAUAUAGUGCUGGGGAUCUCUAUCUGUACAAUUAAUGUCAUAUAUCCAUGUGCAUUAAUCUGUGUUAUUAUCUCUGACUAUGAAAAGGAGUCUGUAUAUUUGUUUUAUAUUCUAGUAGUAGAACAGAAUUUAAUGUAAAUAGUCUGUUUCCUUAUAAUGCUGUCAAAAAGGUAGAUGCAGUCCUUAAUUUCAAGCUCGAGACCUGUUAGCUGCCCUAGAAUGAUUUGCCAAUAUUCUUUGUGUAUAACUGUCAUAUGCACAACAGCAUGAAUUACAGCAGAAAAUUGUUAUUUAAGGGGUUACUUACCUUGCCAUAUCACAGGCACUUGACUUGGCACACAAGUGGCAACUCCUUAACUAGCAGCAAUCUGCCAAUGUAAUUAAUGCCUUUGCACUUAUACCAGCAUAUGUAAAAUCUAGGAUUCUGGUCACAGAAGUGUAGAGCUGGGGACCAUCAAGCCCAAACCCCCUGCUGGGGGUAAAACAACAUUCCUUAGUUCUAACCACACCUGAACAGGCUGCAGUUGUGAAGUAAUUCUAAUUAGAAAGAAUGACUCCAUACCUAAUUCUUUAAACAAGGGGUCUAGGCCAAAGAUGGAAGUGGUGCUAAAUGGGCUUGGCUAGAGGGAUGUUACAUGCAUGAUACUAGUAGCUGAAGACCAAUAGUAUGUGAAGAAUUUUAUUUUACUUCUGCCAUGGGAUGUGGCAUGAGAAGCACAAGCAAGAUUAUUGAACAUAAAAACUGUUGCAUUGGGUCCAGGUGAAUCUGAGCUUCAUAUAGAUUAACAACAUCCACAGCCUACCAAAAAUUCUAGACAAAUGUGUGAAUUCCUCAGGACUGCCCAGUUACUGAAUUUUCUUCCACUACAUCAUAGGCGGGAAACAGGGGUAAAUUACCCCAAAUUGGGUAAAAGUGAAAAUUCU